AUGGAAGAAAAGUUGGAUGUAUUAGAGACGCAAGAAAGGCUACAUGAAAAGUCUUGUAGCCUUGACAGUUAUGACAAUGCCUUUGAGUUUAUUAACCAAACGGAGCUUGCACAAGAAGCGAUUGAAAUUGACCAUGCAAAAUUGAUGAGAAAAUUGGAUUAUAUAAUCUUGCCUUUGCUUUGUUGUGUAUACCUUCUUCAAUAUUUGGAUAAACUAUUGUUGAACUACUCAGCAGCUAUGGGGAUCAAAAAGAACCUUGUGGGUAAUGAAUUUGCCAACUUGUCAACCAUUUUUUAUGCGGCUUACAUUUUUGGAGAGCCAAUUGUCUCGUACUGCUUGCAAAGAUUCCCACUAGGCAAGACUCUAGGCGUUUUUAUCGUCAUUUGGGGUGUGGUUGUUGCUUGCCAUGCAGCGGCAAAGACUUAUGCAUCAUUGAUGAUUGUGAGAACUCUUUUGGGGAUAUUUGAAUCUUCAAGUGCAGUGGGGUUGAUCAUCAUUAGUGGAAUGUACUAUACCAAGAGACAACAAGUAGCAAGAAUGGGCGUAUGGUCAACUAUGGCUGGUGUUGGUACUAUUAUUGGUGGAUUGCUAUCUUUUGGGUUCCAGCAUAUUCAUACUUCUGAGUUCCAAUCGUGGCAAAUAUUGUUUCUCGUAAUGGGGUUGAUUACAGUGGUGUUUGGCUUAUUCGUAAUCUUGUUUCUUCCAGAUAAUGUGCACACUUGCAAGUUCCUCACACGAGAAGAGAAAAUUUACAUUCUCAACAAUGUGGUGAAGGUAAAUCAAACGGGAACAAAGAACUCCAAGUUCAAAAAGGAGCAAAUUGUUGAGUUGCUUUUCAAGGAUAAAUUCACUUGGCUAUACUUUGUACUUACACUUUGUUCGCAAAUUGUCACUGGUGCAAUCGGUACUUUUAGUGUCACAAUUACAUUGAGCUUUGGUUUCGAUGGCUAUCAGUCAGCAUUGUUGCAAAUUCCAGUGGGUGUUGUUACAAUAAUUACGAUAAUCAUUGCUACCCAACUAGUAGCCAAAUUUGGCCACCAUUCGCUCAUUAUGGCGUCAAUGUUUUUACCAACGAUUGUUGGAGCAAUAGUCUUGAUUAUAUCGCCUAGUAAAGUAGGCAACUUGCUAUCAUUAUACUUGUUGUACAGCGGGUCAUGCAGUAUUACUCUCAUAUAUGCGUGGAUUAGUGCAAACACUGCUGGCUCGUCAAAGAAGUUUAUACGGAGCGCAAUGAUUAUGAUCGCGUUCUCCAUCGCUUGCAUAAUAGGCCCGCAAUUGUUUCAAGCUUAUAGUGCUCCACAUUAUCAACCAGCAAAAAUCGUUAUUCUUAUUACUCAGUGUUUAUCGGUGCCUCUCACAUUGCUCAUUGGAUGGAUGUGCAGAAAAGAGAAUGAGAAACGUGUUGCAAAUGCUCAAAAAGAUUUACAAGAGAACAGAGAUGCAGAAGUAAACGGAAAUGGAGUAAAUAAUGAAAACGAGUUUCUCGAUUUGACUGAUAUUCAGAAUAAAAAAUUCAGGUAUAUAUACUAA